UUCCUCAGUUUCCUAUAAAAAAUAAACAAAAUGACAUUAAAGAAAAUUCUCUAAAAUAAUGAAAAGUAGGUGUAUAUUGCUUUAGGUAAGGGGAAAAUGUGUUUGUUUGCGUGUAAAUAUAGCUACACAUUCUUUCCAUUUUGUUAGUGUUUUAUUUGUCAGAUUUCUUUAAUAUUUUGACUGAAAAGGGUAAUUGGUUGCAAAGCAGCUUAUCGGACCAAUUAGUGCCAGGUGGCUUCACCAUAUUUGUCACAAGGUGCACAACAAACUGUAAGGGUACCCUACAUGAAUACAUGAAUAGGAGUGUCCAUGCAUCAUUGUCAGCAUCCAUGCAUCAUUCAUUGUCACUAGAUUGAGACCCUUAAUAUUUAUUGGAAUGGAGAAUCAAGCUCAUGACUGUGGACUUAAAAUUAUGUGAAAUUUGUUUAUCUAUAGCUUUAAAGAGUUUAAUAUUGCAUUACCAAUUUAAAUCAAAAAGUGUCAGGGUAAGGCUAUUGAAAUGUCAGGUUUUUCCUUUUAAUAUAUUAAAAUCCCAUUUUCUACAGUGUUUUAUAAGUUGCCUCUCUAGUCUGUUGGGAGUGGUGACAGUUCAUGAGAACAAUGUGUUAAUAAGCCCACCACUAACACCACAUCUGCAGUGCAAAGUAAAUCCAUUGACUGUGUCUCUAAAGAACAAGUCUUUAAUGCCUCCACGUGCCCUAGCUCCCCCUACAAGUAACAACAAAAUAUAGACACCAACAUAUUGUCUUAAUAGAGAUUUAGGCCACCACGACACCACCGCUUCAGGAAUAGAACCCCAUUAUUGUUAUUGAUUAAAAAUGUUCUGUCAGGCAUAUCCUUAAACAUCAGUUAAGCCGCACCUGUCCGUUCUUUCGAAGUCACUAAGAUAUAGUGUCUUUAGCAAUUGUGGGGCAGCAAGUGCAGGGCAGCAUUUUUGUAUGUGACCUUAAUCAUGAUGGGAUGUUACUUCACCCCUGCAUGGAAGCAUUUACUUUCUACCUUGUGUCCCUAGUUUACGUGUUUUAUUUAGGCACAUUAGUGUAGUUUGAUAAAUUUAUAAUAACCGAUUAUCCUCCACAACCAUAUUAGAAGGAGUAACAGGCACAUCAGCCCUUCAACAGCCGAUGAGAUAUCUAUUCAUUUGUGUGCUGUGCCCUGUGUGUCUGGCUCCUAGUUGGCACAUAGACGCAGUAUGCACACUAUGUACUCAGCAUGCCAAGUUGGGACAGGCACUGCAUUGCAGCGCAGUGCAUUUGCCCAAGUCAUGGCACAAAGGCUGAGUCCGAUCAGACAGCGUAGACCAUCCACUGUAAAGAACAUGAGUUGACAGUAUUGUGUCAUAGCAUGAGCAAAAACCAUAUACCUGGGGCUCUUUAUCCUUCCUCUUGUGUUUUAGAUGGACUCUGUAACACUACAUCGUAUUCAUCUCUGAAAACAGAUAUGGUAUGUAAUACAUGUCUCUCCUUUUCCGGCUCUAUAGAACACAGUCACCCUCUGCAGGGCAGUUAUCCGCAUUAGCUCUUUCUAUGUCCUUAAAUGACUCCUCCUCUCCGUCUCACACCCUCCCUUCCCCUGUCUGUGUCUAUAGCCUGCCCCCCUUUUCCCUGUGACACAUACGCUAGACGUUGCAUUGAUUGUGCAUAGAGAACCUCACCCUCUUCUACCACCUCAGUCUCGAAUGGAGGAGGAGAGAAUUGGAGUGCUUCUGUUCUUUCUGAUGCCCUUUCAGCUGGUCCUGACUCCAGUGAAGAUCCGCUGUCAUUAUAAUGUCCCAGCUCCUGCAUGUUGAAAUCCCUAACUUUGGCAGCUCUGUGCUGGAGAGUUUGAACGAGCAGCGCCUGCAGGGUCAGUACUGUGAUGUGGCUGUCAUGGUCAACGGCCAGGCCUUCAAGGCCCACCGUGCUGUGCUGGCCGCCAGCAGCCUCUACUUCAGAGACCUGUUCAGUGGCAGCUCCCAGAGCUUGUUUGAACUACCCUCAUCGGUCACUCCGUCCUGCUUCCAGCAAAUCCUCUCCUUCUGCUACACUGGCAGGCUGACUAUGGCUGCCAGCGAGCAGCUUGUGCUCAUGUACACUGCUGGCUACCUCCAGAUCCAGAAUAUUGUGGAGCGUGGGAUGGAUCUCAUGCUAAAAGCCAACUCUCCACACUGCGAUUCCCAGACGGCGACCAGUGAGGACCUAGGCUUCGAACCGUCAAGCCCCAACAACAACAACCAUCCGGCCGUGUUGCCGGGUGACACGCAAACGGCCACAUGUAGGAUUAAGCAGGAAAGAUGUGAGUCCCCAAUGAGUGAGGAGCACUCUGUCAGUGGCCUUGAGGGCCACACCACGAGGAGUAGAGCACUGUUUUACAUGGGGGCUGGAGGUAGUGGCAUAGUACCUGGAGUGCAGUCAUACCCUCUUGUUUCUGGGGAGCGCUCAAGCCCUGGGGCAUCCAGCUUACCAGCCACUGACAGCCCCACAUCCCACCCCAACGAAGAUGAGGAGUUCGAAGAGGAGUUCUACAGCAGCAGCAGCAAUACAAAUGGGGCCUAUGGGCAGUCCAACUCCUACAGCAUGCAGGAUAAUUUGGACGUGCUGACUCUGCCGCUGGCCACUGAGAGGCGCCCCUGUGUGUUGAUCGGCAGGGACACCAUGGCGCUGCCAGCCAGUCUAAUCAGCCAGAUUGGCUACCGCUGCCAUCCCACCCUGUACACAGAAGGGGAUCCCGGUGAGAAGGUGGAGCUGGUGGGAGGUUCGGGUGUGUUCAUGACUCGAGGACAGCUAAUGAACUGUCAUCUCUGUGCUGGCAUUAAACACAAAGUGCUUCUCCGUCGCCUGCUUGCCACCUUCUUUGACAGAAACACUCUGGCCAAUAGCUGUGGAACUGGAAUCCGAUCUUCCACCAAUGAUCCCAGCCGAAAACCGCUGGACAACCGAGUCCUUAACACUGUCAAACUCUACUGUCAGAACUUUGCACCAAAUUUCAAGGAGAGUGAGAUGAACGUGAUUGCAGCCGACAUGUGCACCAAUGCCCGGCGUGUGCGAAAGCGCUGGCUGCCCAAGAUCCAAUCCAUGCUCCCAGAGACCAAAGAGAACAGCAGGAGCUCUAGUAAGGGACAAUCCAGAACCAGUACUACAUCCAAGACUAUCUCAUCAGCAGCGUUGCCCUUUGAAAUGGACUUCAGACACCUAACAUCUUCGUACCUGACGCUAGAACAGCAGCUCUAUGCCGAAAGCCGCAAAGAGACUCUUCUACCUCACCUGCAGUUUGUGGGGAUCACCAAGUCAGAAGACUGGGCAGCAUCAACCCGGCUGGCCGAGUCUGGGACAGAGGCUGGGCCUGAGCGCGAAGGGCGAGAAGGCCAGGUGGACCAAGAAACUGAGCCCAACUCUGAGCUCUCGGACAGAGCACCUGAGGACCCCUCCGUCAGCCCACAGUGUAAGGCUGGGGCCAGGGGCUCACCCUUCCCUAAACACACAGGACAGCAGGAGGACAAGUUGCUAGGAGAUGACCAGUGAGCUCUUAACAUCCCUCUUUCCCACCAAACUAUUAUGUCUAUGUGUGUAAAUGUAAUGCUUUGGCUACUCUACUGCAUGUACCAUCGCAGCAAUUGCAGUUCAGACAUGCACUUUAAGAGAACUGACAUAAUAAAAAAUUAUGCUGUGUAAUAAUUUUCCAAUGUAGAAGAAGAGGAGAAUGCUACUGCUGUGGACCCUGAAGGACUAACUGAUAGAUAAGCUGUGUGAAUAAACAUGGUGUGAAUUGGGAACCACCUUUAAGUAUUUUCGUGAAGUUUGUGCUUUUGAAAUCCUAAAGAAAGAUCAGAGACCUGGGCUUUUACAUGCGUUGUACCCUUCAUUACACUGUUGGCCAUAAUGUACGGCUCACUACUUUAACCAAUGCUUCAGUACCACUUUAUUUUAGUACAGAAAUUGCUUGGUAUUUAACUUUAGUAUUGGACUGUAAAUUGGUAAUUACACAAUUACAAUAACCUUUGAUCUUCCUUUGUUUAGUUCAGGCUUAAUGCUAGUAGCCCAACAGCAGUAUUUGGUAACAGGUAGUUACAAAUAGUUUAAGAUAUUUGAAGGAGCACAAACAAUUUCCUUUGUAACACCAUGUGAGUACCAAGUCAUUUCUGUUCCAUAAAAAUAAAGUGUUACCAAUGCUUCUUUAUUGAAUUAUGUUUUCUAGUUGUUCUGCUUCCACCUAAUCAUUCCUGAUGUGAAAUUGUGUUAAUCUAUAUAAUCAACUGUUUGAUCUCAAGACUAACAUGCUAAUAACAAAUACAAUUACUUGUACAACUUUCUUUUAGCGUGCUUGGAACUGGUGGUCAACAGAGUUUAGUUGAAGUCUCAGUGAGAUGGAUCUUUUGUAUAAUAUAGUCAAAUUAUUAAAGCUCUCCAUUUAUACAUACAAGUCCCUCCCCUUAUACAUCUUUUUCCCAAACUCCUGUUCUGAAAUAAGGUUGAAGGCAGUAGUCAUGGUUAAGACGAUACAGAUACAAUAAACAAAAGCAAUUGCCAAAAUCCUCUUUGUUUUGAUGUCAUGUGAAAAGCAACAGGGUUAACCAUUAAUGAUGUCUCAACUGGGGAAAUGUGUAUUUGUACUUAUGUAUUACAUAGAUAACAUAUAAGGUUUGUUAUCUUUGAUACCAUUUGUUUAAAUAAUAAUUA